UAGAUCAAAGGUAAAAUUUUGAUUGACAUAACUAAUGCAACCGAAAUCAAACUUAAAAUUUUGCAGAACAAGUAGAAGACGAAGAGAUAUUGGAUUCACCGAUUACUGUUACUCGGGAAAAGAUUCAAGAGGUGUAAGCACAGUGUUUGUCAUUAUAAAUUAUUUCUAAACUUAAAUAAAUAAUCGCCAAAAUGCCCCGCAAAUUUGUCGUUGGUGGUAACUGGAAGAUGAAUGGAGAUAAAAAUAUGAUCAAUGAAAUUAUAAAUAAUAUGAAGAAAGGUCCUUUGGAUAAGGAAGUUGAGGUAAUUAUUGGGGUACCUUCCAUCUACCUUACUUAUGUAAAGAGUAUUGUACCCGAUACAAUCCAAGUUGCUGCACAAAACUGCUGGAAAGUUCCAAAGGGUGCUUUCACAGGUGAAAUUUCACCCGCUAUGUUGAAAGACAUUGGUGUUAACUGGGUUAUCAUUGGACAUUCGGAACGCAGGACAAUCUUUCAUGAAGACGAUACCCUUGUAGCUGAGAAAGUGGCACAUGCCCUUGAAUCUGGCAUGAAAGUGAUCGCUUGCAUUGGUGAGACCUUGGAAGAAAGGGAGGCUGGAAAGACUGAGGAAGUUGUAUUUAGGCAGACUCAGGCAUUGGUGCCAGCUAUUGGUGACAAAUGGGCUAAUGUUGUGCUUGCCUAUGAACCAGUCUGGGCUAUCGGUACCGGAAAAACUGCUUCACCGCAGCAGGCUCAAGAUGUGCAUGCCUCAUUACGUAACUGGUUGGCAAAUAAUGUGUCAGCUCAAGUCGCUGAUGCUGUACGCAUUCAAUAUGGUGGUUCUGUCACUGCUGCCAAUGCUGUGGAAUUAGCCAGUUGUGCAGAUAUUGAUGGCUUCCUCGUAGGAGGUGCCAGUUUGAAACCGGAGUUUGUUAACAUUGUUAACGCUACUAAGUAAAUUUAUAUCCUUAUAUUAGCAUUUCUUUAUGUAAACAUCAAUGUUGCAAAUUAUAAAUCUAUGUAACUUAAUGUGAAAUGUAUUUUACUCUUUGCCUU